AUGGACUUCCCUCAAAAAGUGGACGUAAAAACGUGUUCAAAAUCUGAGCCACCUCACCCAUGCGACCCCCCAUUACCAUGCGAUCCACAUGAAGAACCUGAAGGGGACUGCUAUCCUCCAUUCUUGUGCUAUGAGAGAUUAAAGAACCCAGAAGAAGACCACAUGACAAGGUGCCGUCCAGGAGCGUCCAUAGGUGUAAGAUCAUGUAAAAAGGUUAUCAACCCUCAUCCGUGCGAUCCUAGGAUGCCCUGCAGUGAGGUCCCUAAACCUAAAAAAUUACCUUGUGAUGAUAGACCUCUGUGUAAGGAAAAGAUCAAGAACCCCGAUGUACCCAAAGUAAAGAGAGCCUUGUGUACAGACUCAAAAGGAAAAAUAAAAGAAGCGAUCUUGAAGAAGAUUUAA